AUGCCACCGGUAAUCCACGGCAGCAGGACAAAAGCCCACCCACGACACCCCACGGCGACGCUCUCCAAGAUACCGCGACGGACCGCCCUGGUCAACAACCCCACACGCAGUCCGCCGACGUUGUCCCCAGCGCGCGCAGCGUCUCCUUCUCCCAGGUUCGCUGGAGAAGCCAUGAUGAGACGGACAACGAGGGGUAUCUUCCCCGGCCUGAACACGAUUGACCCGGUGCCACGACAGAGCCUGUCCUACGCGCUACGACCGCAGGCAGAGGCCUACUACGACUCGCGAGCCGGCACGCGCAAGGAGUGGAAACGACGCGCGAAGACGCUGGAAGAAUACUACGAGGACAAUCCCGACCUGCUACCCCAGCUGCCCUUUUCAUGGCACCACGGCAACCGACGCUGGCGACUCUGGUUCUUUGCCUUUGUGGCCUUUGUCGACGCCUCGGCCGUCCCGAUUGCUCUGUACUAUGGGAUGAAGUACGCGGGCAACGUGCAGAACUACAUCAUCUUCAUCAUCGUCACGACCAUCUGGGGCGGGCCCGCGUACCUCGAAUUUGCCAUCCGGACGCUGCGACUGAUGAAGAAGGAGAAUUUUUACCGGCCGCUGGGGACGACAAGCCGGUGGAGCGCCGACGUUUUGACGUGGGCAUCGAGCGUGGCCAUUUUUGUCCUGACCGCGCUGUUCAUCAUUGGCAGUGCGCCGCAUGAAACCUGGCUGCGCGUCGUGGCCAUGGCGGCGCCCUCGAUCCUGUGGACGUAUGGAGGUGUCGUGGUGGCAGUGACGCUGCUGCACAAGUACAAGAUCCCGGCGCCCUUCCGCUUCAGCUCGACGCCCAAGGGUGGGGAGGUUCUCCCCUGCGUGUAUUACUUUGUCGAAGACACCCUUGCCGUCAACGGCGGAUGUGGCCGACCCUACCGCGAGGCUAUUGCCGCCCGCUAUCGCGCAUCACCGCGCUUCCGGGAGCUCAUGCUCGAGAUGUCUUGGUUCUGGGGGAUUGGCGCCCUCGUCAUGGCCACAAUCCUGACUGUCAUUGCCGUCAUCCCCGUGGUACCGGAGGACUGGUCCUAUGGCGUGUGUUGGACUGUCCCCUUCCUCUGGUGCGUUUCGUGGGGUGUCGCCACAAUCUACAUUGGCAAGUCCAGGAUGGUGCGGGAGAGGCUCGAGUGGGAGGCGGGACGGGUUCCUGGAAAGGACGUGGGGACCACGAGUCCGGUCGUCUCGCCGGUCAUGUCGCCGGUCAACUCCGCCGUUGCCUCGCCUCCUGUAUGA